AUGUCUCAAUCAAAUUCUUACUCGUCAAUGACCCCGAAAAAUGGCACGGCUUACAUCAACGGAAGAAUCUACACCGUCAACGAAGCCGCACCUUGGGCGGAAGCGUUCAUAGUCGGACCAGACGGCACUUUUGGAGUCGUGGGUACCGACAAGGAAGUCAAAGCCAAAGCUCUCGAGGAUGGUCUCGCCGUUUACGACCUCAGGGGUAAAUUCAUCAUGCCGGGUAUCCACGACGCUCACGUCCACAUGCUUUUGGCCGGGGUGGGUAUGACAUCUCAGGCACUACUUCCGACCCAAGGGUUGAACUCGACCAACGUCGCCGAAUCCCUGGACCACGGUUCUUGCAUGUGUAAAUACGCCCACGUCAACCAGGAUUGGCUCGUCGCCUGGGCGUACAUGGUCGACGACUUCCACCGGGAUGCCCUGGAUAAAGAGUACCCUGACACGCCUGUAGUGAUCCACGGGGGUGCCGGUCACAGCAUGUUCCUCAACACCGAAGCCUUGAGGCGUGCGGGAUACGACGUCGAUUCCGAACCGGACGGUCAGGCCACGAUGUACGUCAGGGACGAAGCGGGACGUUUGACCGGCCAUGUGGCCGAGAUGGGAAUGAGCAAAGCGGCCAGGUCAAUACCUCAACCGAGUCUGGGGCACGUCAAGCGCGCGUUGAGACACGCCCAGCACCAACUCCACCGGGCGGGAGUGACGAGUUGUCAGGAAGCGUCGGCGAAUUCCAUCAUGCUUCACGCCCUGAAGGAACUCGACGCCGAAAAGGACUUGAAGUUGAACAUGUACACCCACAUCGUCUACGCCCCCGACUGGGUCGCCGAGGAAAGUGUUGAGUCGCUACACAAACUCAUCGACGACGCGGCCGGGUUUCGGUCGGACCAUGUCGACACGCGAUUCGUCAAGAUCAUCCUCGACGGGGUUCCUUUACCCCCGUACUACACCCAAGCCGGGUUCAACAAAGACGAUGGCACGGUCGACGAGUCGAAAUUGUUCAUUCUGAACGUGAAGGAGGCCGUGGCCGAAUACGACGCCAGGGGGUUCACGAUGAAGAUUCACUGCACGGGGACCGGAGCCACCAAGCUCGCCCUGGACGCCUUCGACGCCGCGCGGAAAACCAACCCUCGGGGGCCGCGUCACGAAAUCGCACACUCUUCGGGGGUCCGCGACGAGGACUUUGGACGGUACAAAACCCUAAACGUCACGGCUGAAAUGUCCCCCGCUUUCUUCUUCGUCCACCCGGUCACGGCGGCGAGUGGUGGUCUCAUGGACUGGAACUUCCCUCGCAUGAUCGAGGCAGACGCCCACGUCACCAUCGGGAGCGACUGGUGUGCCCCCAACGUGCCUGACCUGUUGCCCAUCUUGGGAAACAUCGUCGAGAGCGUCGGUGGUGGCGACAGAACCCUGGGCGCCGCCAGAAUCUGCCGCAUGUUGACGUUGGCCGGAGCCGAAGCGGUAGGCAAACAAAACGAGUUCGGUAGUGUCGAACCCGGCAAGAAGGCAAAUUUCAUCGCCCUCAACAACGAUUUGAGCAAAGCCGAAUUCGAGGGUGUCAAGGUCCUGACGACGUGGUUUGAAGGUGAGAUCGUAUACGAGGAAAACUAG